UAGAGGCUUUUCGUAGUAUCCUCAGAAGACGUCCCCAGUUGGAAAAGCUGGUGGUCCUUGGAAGUCGAUUUAUUUGAAAGAGUGGUCUAUACGAAUAUGGGCUUGCAUGUUCGAAUCUUUGUCUUGUUGAUGAUAGCUUUUACAGGAACCUUUUGUACUGGAGAUACCGACUUACUUGACGUUGCAGCAAUUAAUAGUUUAUAUGUUGCUCUGGGCUCACCGCCUCUUCAAGGUUGGAAAACCACUGGGGGAGAUCCGUGUGCAGAAUUGUGGCAAGGCGUGGCUUGUGUCUUCUCCAACAUAACUCAAUUAAGUCUCAGAGGCAUGAACUUGGGUGGAGAGCUGGGCAGUAAUUUAAAUUUUCCUUCCAUCAUUGAGAUAGAUCUUAGCAACAACCACAUCGGAGGACCUAUUCCAUCCACACUACCCCUUACUUUGAGGAACUUGUCUCUUUCAAGUAACCAGUUAAAUGGAAGUAUUCCAGAUGCCCUCUCCUCUCUAACACAAUUGUCAGAUUUGUCAUUAAGUAAUAACCUUCUAGAUGGACAAAUCCCUGAUGUUUUUCAGCAGCUUACUGGCCUGAUAAACAUAGACCUGUCAGCUAACAAGUUGAGUGGUCAGCUACCCCUCUCACUGGGAAAUUUGUCAUUGCUUUCAACAUUACAUUUGCAGAACAAUGAACUUUCUGGGUUUCUUAAUGUUUUGCAAGACCUUCCUCUUCAGGAUUUGAAUAUAGAGAACAAUUUAUUCUUUGGGCCAAUUCCUCCACAAUUGUUGAGUAUCCCAAAUCUCAGAAAAGAUGGAAAUCCAUUUAAUACUACUGUCAUCCGAUCACCUCCAGCUGCAGCCCCAGGUCCUCUUGCUAUGGUCCCAUCACCUGCUGAAGCAUCUUGGAAUGUGGCAAAUAGUCCAUUUACCUUGGUUGCAGCGAUACCUGCAAGUGCUAGGAAGUAUUUUGUAUCUAAGAAUGUUAUUUGGAUUGUCAUUGCUGGGUUCUUGGUGUUUAUUGCACUAGGGGUCUGUCUUUUUAUAUUGUGGUGCUUUAAGAAAAGGCCGGAAAACAAAAAUGCUCAAAAAAGUGAUGUGGGUUUGGGCCCAGUGUCGUUGCAUAAACAUCAAUACAGUGACCCUUUGGAGAAAGCAUCUUUGAAACCAAUAAGAUCUCUUGGAUAUGGCGAACAAAAUAGAAGAACAAAUAUGACUCCAGAUGUUCAGAAUGAACAGGAAAUAUAUAUGAACAGAGUAUCAGCAAGUUCCAAACUUGCAACAUUGCAGCCACCACCAUCUAACCUUCCCAUCAAUCUUGGCGAAGAGGACCUAACCAAGCCAGUUAUGCCUACCAAAGUUACUGAAAGACAUGUUAUGACUAGUUCAUUGCAUGUUUAUACUAUUGCAUCGCUUCAGCAGUAUACAAAUAGUUUUUCCCAAGAAAAUUAUAUUGGUGAAGGCACACUGGGUGUCAUUUAUCGGGCUGAGCUCCCUGAUGGAAAGUUGUCAGGACGCCUCCUAACAGCGAAUGGUUAUGGUGCGUCAGAAUUUGAGACUGGGAGUUAUACAAAGCAGAGUGAUGUCUUCAGUUUUGGAGUUGUAAUGCUAGAACUCCUCACUGGACGAAAAUCCUGUGACAGGUCACGGUCUCGUGGUGAGCAAUUUCUGGUCAGAUGGGCAGUUCCUCAACUGCAUGAUAUUGAUGCAUUAACAAAAAUGGUUGACCCCUCCUUAAAUGGAGCUUAUUCUAUGAAGUCCUUAUCACGUUUUGCGGACAUCAUUUCUUCAUGUCUACAGCGUGAACCGGAGUUCCGACCAGCAAUGACGGAAGUUGUGCAGGAUCUCUUACGUAUGAUCUAGAGGGACGUGCCGCUACUACCCCAACUUUUGUUCGUGAGUUUUACUUGUUAAUGCAAGUAUGUUAGGAAGUGGACGCAGACAGAGAAAUGAUCUAUAAAGACGUUUCAUGAACAAUCACGAUUGGGAAAUUAAUUGAAUACAUGCUUUGAUUCCCAAAUUUAAUCUUUGAUUUUUUCUUAUUUAAGUAUUUUACUUGGAAAUUUUAUAUUUCAGUGCAGAAAUUUUGUAUUCUUUUUCCCCAUGAUCUCAAGGGCUUCUAGUCAUUUUCACUAUAAUGCA